GCCCGUGGCGCCCCCUGGCUCUCGGCGCUCGGGGCCGGAGCAGCCCCGGGCGAGCGGGGCGCGGGCCGGGGAGGGAGAGCUGCCCGCGCGCCUCAUCCCCCUCCCCCCCGGGCGGGCCGGCGGCCGGGGGGAGGGCGGGCAGCGGCGGCUCGCUGUAUAUAUCUCCGCGCACCCCGCCAGGUCGCGCACAGCGCCCCGAGCCCAGGCGCCUCCCCGCCCCCCUCCCCGCGCUCCACGGCGGCGGCGGCGGCAGCAGUAGCAGCAAUAUGGCUGUUGAUGGGUGUUCGGGGUGGCGCUGGCGGCGGGAGGAGCUCCCCCGAGCCCCUGCGCCGGCCGCCCGUUGCUAGCUAUGGCAAAUGGUGGCGGCGGCGGCGGCGGCAGCAGCGGCGGCGGCGGCGGCGGCGGAGGCAGCAGUCUUAGAAUGAGUAGCAAUAUCCACGCGAACCAUCUCAGCCUAGACGCGUCCUCCUCCUCCUCCUCUUCCUCUUCUUCUUCUUCUUCUUCCUCCUCCUCCUCUUCCUCUUCGUCCUCGGUCCACGAGCCCAAGAUGGAUGCGCUCAUCAUCCCGGUGACCAUGGAGGUGCCGUGCGACAGCCGGGGCCAACGCAUGUGGUGGGCUUUCCUGGCCUCCUCCAUGGUGACUUUCUUCGGGGGCCUCUUCAUCAUCUUGCUCUGGCGGACGCUCAAGUACCUGUGGACCGUUUGCUGCCACUGCGGGGGCAAGACGAAGGAGGCCCAGAAGGUAAACAAUGGCUCAAGCCAGGCAGAUGGCACUCUCAAACCAGUGGAUGAAAAAGAGGAGGCAGUGGCCGCCGAGGUCGGCUGGAUGACCUCGGUGAAGGACUGGGCUGGGGUCAUGAUAUCCGCCCAGACACUGACUGGCAGAGUCCUGGUGGUCUUAGUCUUUGCUCUCAGCAUCGGUGCCCUUGUAAUAUACUUCAUAGAUUCGUCAAACCCAAUAGAAUCCUGCCAGAAUUUCUACAAAGAUUUCACAUUGCAGAUCGACAUGGCUUUCAACGUGUUCUUCCUCCUCUACUUUGGCUUGCGGUUUAUUGCAGCCAACGAUAAGCUGUGGUUCUGGCUGGAAGUGAACUCUGUAGUGGAUUUCUUCACGGUGCCCCCUGUGUUUGUGUCUGUGUACUUAAACAGAAGUUGGCUUGGUUUGAGAUUUUUAAGAGCUCUCAGACUGAUACAGUUUUCAGAAAUUUUGCAGUUUCUGAAUAUUCUUAAAACAAGCAAUUCCAUCAAGCUGGUGAAUCUGCUUUCCAUCUUUAUCAGCACGUGGCUUACUGCAGCUGGGUUCAUCCAUUUGGUGGAGAAUUCAGGGGACCCAUGGGAAAAUUUCCAAAACAACCAGGCUCUCACAUACUGGGAAUGUGUCUAUUUACUCAUGGUCACAAUGUCCACUGUCGGUUAUGGGGACGUUUAUGCAAAAACCACACUUGGGCGUCUCUUCAUGGUCUUCUUCAUCCUCGGGGGACUGGCCAUGUUUGCCAGCUACGUCCCUGAAAUCAUAGAGUUAAUAGGAAACCGCAAGAAAUACGGGGGCUCCUAUAGUGCGGUUAGUGGAAGAAAGCACAUUGUGGUCUGUGGACACAUCACUCUGGAGAGUGUUUCCAACUUCCUGAAGGACUUUCUGCACAAAGACCGGGACGAUGUCAACGUGGAAAUUGUUUUUCUUCACAACAUUUCCCCUAACCUGGAGCUCGAAGCUCUGUUCAAACGGCAUUUUACUCAGGUGGAAUUCUAUCAGGGGUCAGUCCUCAAUCCGCAUGAUCUUGCGAGAGUCAAGAUAGAGUCAGCAGAUGCGUGCCUAAUCCUUGCCAACAAGUACUGCGCUGACCCGGAUGCCGAAGAUGCCUCCAACAUCAUGAGAGUCAUCUCCAUAAAGAACUACCAUCCGAAGAUAAGGAUCAUCACGCAGAUGCUGCAGUAUCACAACAAGGCCCAUCUGCUAAACAUCCCCAGCUGGAACUGGAAAGAAGGCGAUGAUGCAAUCUGCCUUGCAGAGCUGAAGUUGGGCUUCAUCGCCCAGAGCUGCCUGGCUCAAGGCCUCUCCACCAUGCUGGCCAACCUCUUCUCCAUGAGGUCAUUCAUAAAGAUUGAGGAAGACACCUGGCAGAAAUACUACUUGGAAGGGGUCUCCAAUGAAAUGUAUACAGAAUAUCUCUCCAGUGCCUUCGUGGGUCUGUCCUUCCCUACUGUUUGUGAGCUGUGUUUUGUGAAGCUCAAGCUCCUGAUGAUAGCCAUUGAGUACAAGUCUGCCAACCGAGAGAGCCGUAUAUUAAUUAAUCCUGGAAACCAUCUUAAGAUCCAAGAAGGUACUUUAGGAUUUUUCAUCGCAAGUGAUGCCAAAGAAGUUAAGAGGGCAUUUUUUUACUGCAAGGCCUGUCAUGAUGACAUCACAGAUCCCAAAAGAAUAAAAAAAUGCGGCUGCAAACGGCCCAAGAUGUCCAUCUACAAGAGAAUGAGACGGGCAUGUUGUUUUGAUUGCGGACGUUCUGAGCGUGACUGCUCGUGCAUGUCAGGCCGUGUGCGUGGUAACGUGGACCCUCUUGAGAGAGCCUUCCCACUUUCUUCUGUCUCUGUUAAUGAUUGCUCCACCAGUUUCCGUGCCUUUGAAGAUGAGCAGCCGUCAACGCUCUCACCCAAAAAAAAGCAGCGGAACGGAGGUAUGCGGAACUCACCCAACUCCUCGCCCAAGCUGAUGAGGCACGACCCCUUGUUAAUUCCUGGCAAUGAUCAGAUCGACAACAUGGACUCCAACGUGAAGAAAUACGACUCUACUGGGAUGUUUCAUUGGUGUGCACCCAAGGAGAUAGAGAAAGUCAUCCUGACCCGAAGUGAAGCUGCCAUGACGGUCUUGAGUGGCCAUGUCGUGGUCUGCAUCUUUGGAGAUGUCAGCUCAGCCCUGAUCGGCCUCCGGAACCUGGUGAUGCCGCUCCGUGCCAGCAACUUCCAUUACCAUGAGCUCAAGCACAUUGUGUUCGUGGGCUCGAUUGAGUACCUCAAGCGGGAAUGGGAGACGCUUCAUAACUUCCCCAAAGUGUCCAUAUUGCCUGGUACGCCAUUAAGUCGGGCUGAUUUAAGGGCUGUCAACAUCAACCUCUGUGACAUGUGCGUUAUCCUGUCAGCCAAUCAGAAUAAUAUUGAUGAUACUUCGCUGCAGGACAAGGAAUGCAUCUUGGCGUCACUCAACAUCAAAUCCAUGCAGUUUGAUGACAGCAUCGGGGUCUUGCAGGCUAAUUCCCAAGGGUUCACACCUCCAGGAAUGGAUAGAUCCUCUCCAGAUAACAGCCCAGUGCAUGGGAUGUUGCGCCAGCCAUCCAUCACAACUGGAGUCAACAUCCCCAUCAUCACUGAACUAGUGAAUGAUACUAAUGUUCAGUUUUUGGACCAAGACGAUGAUGACGAUCCCGACACAGAACUGUACCUCACGCAGCCCUUUGCCUGUGGGACAGCAUUUGCUGUCAGCGUCCUGGACUCUCUCAUGAGCGCGACGUACUUCAAUGACAAUAUCCUCACCCUGAUACGGACCCUGGUGACGGGGGGAGCCACGCCGGAGCUUGAGGCUCUGAUUGCCGAGGAGAACGCGCUUCGUGGGGGCUACAGCACCCCCCAGACCCUGGCCAACAGGGACCGCUGCCGCGUGGCCCAGCUAGCCCUGCUGGAUGGGCCGUUUGCAGACUUAGGGGAUGGUGGUUGUUAUGGUGAUCUGUUCUGCAAAGCUCUGAAAACAUAUAAUAUGCUUUGUUUUGGAAUUUACCGGCUGAGAGAUGCCCACCUCAGCACUCCCAGUCAGUGCACAAAGCGGUACGUCAUCACCAACCCGCCAUAUGAGUUCGAGCUCGUGCCGACGGACCUGAUCUUCUGCUUAAUGCAGUUUGACCACAACGCCGGCCAGUCCCGGGCUAGUCUGUCCCAUUCCUCACACUCGUCGCAGUCCUCCAGCAAGAAGAGCGCCUCUGUCCACUCCAUCCCAUCCACAGCAAACCGACAGAACCGGCCCAAGUCCAGGGAGUCCCGGGACAAACAGAACAGAAAAGAAAUGGUUUACAGAUGAACCGGAUAAUGCCUAUCCCAGAAACAUUCAAAUCAAGCCCAUGAGUACUCACAUGGCUAACCAGAUCAACCAAUAUAAAUCCACAAGCAGCUUGAUUCCACCAAUCAGAGAAGUUGAAGAUGAAUGUUGACUCCCAGGAGACCAGAACUAUUUUUUUAAAGCCUGACAAACUUCAUAAAUGGUGACGUGACUUUUCUUCCUUUACAUGCUGAAUCACUGGUGGAAAUGUUAGGAUAAGCCAGAAUUGCAAGAAAAUAAAGUAGACAGCUCUGUCUCUUUGUCUGCCUUGAAUAUUGCUUCCAUGUAUUUUGGAAAAGGAAAUGAUUUCAUUUAUAAAUGAACAUACUAAAACAGUCAUGUAUAGCCUCUAGCAUUUUUAAUUAUUUUUAUUUAUUAGAAAGAAAAUAUAUAUUUUUUCUUUUUUUCAUUGUCAAAUAUCUUCCCACUAUCUAAACAAGGCAAAAUCGAAAUAAGUGGCCAGACUCCUUCAUACGUAUUUCUCUUUCUUCUCUCCUUCUCUUUGAGGAGAAUGAUGGUCACCGCCACAAUCAGUUGUGAUUAAGGGAAAGGAAUUAUUAAAGCAAUUUUAAAAUGGCCAAUGAUGUAUACAUGUAUUUUAGUAAAUCUGAAAAAAUAAAAUAAAAUAAAAAAAAGAGAAAGGGGGCAGAUAAAUACCUGCUGCUCUCCUGGAUGGGUGUAUAUUUUGAUCUGCAUUGACACCAGCUCUUAAUAAAUGGAAACUUAUUUAUUUUCA